AGAAAGUGUUGUAGUGCCCUUUUCACUGCUCAUGCUGGCUUCAACCUGUCUUAAUUGUAUAUGUAAGAUCAUGUGACAAUAAAUAAGGUGACGCGUGGUGGCGCUAUUAAUUCCGAAACCACCGAUCUACUUGUUUUAGAAGCGUGAAAGCUUAGAUCCUUUGUGUGCUCAGAGUGUGCUGUCGACUGUGCGAAGUUCUGCGGACGACGGUGGAUUCUGCAUUGUCUUAGGGUUCUAAUUGUGUUGUUCCAUUUGUGCACGCCAUUUUUAUUGUAUUUUAACAUUAGCGUUAACCCUUUGCAUUUAUUUGUUGCGUUAAUACUUGCCUUCAUCGUAGUGUUCUUGCGCGGCUGCUGAAAAGCCCUUCAGCAUGACUCGUGUCCUUGUUGCCGGAGACUCAAUGUUGAAAGAUCUUGCAGGAUCUUUCACAUUGGGUUCCUCGGUCGAUGUCGAGGUGCGCUCAUUCAGUGGUGUGCGCAUCGAGAAGUUGUUUCCCUUGAUCGCCGAGAGCCUGGCAAACACGCACGUGGUGGUUCUUCAUGUCGGAACUAACAAUGUCGGCGAAGAACCACUCACGCGGAUUGCCAGGUUCCGGGCACUAAUUUCUCGAAUUCUUGAUGUCAACCCAUGCAUCCGUAUUGUGGUGUCUGCAAUUCUGCCGAGACAAAUGAGUUUUCUCAAGUGCCGGUGGGCGCUGACUGCUCGGGAAUUGGAGACAUCCAACGCGGAUGCUAGGGAGACGAAUGCCAUUUUGCAGGCGCUGUGCCACAAGAAUGGCUACAGGUACCUGGACAGCACACGCGAGUUGUCGGGGAUGCUGAAGGCCGACGGCGUGCAUCCGACACAACGCGGUAGCCAGCUGCUGGGGCGCCUGCUGCGUGAAGCCAUCAGGAGUGUCGUUCAGGAAAUUCGUCAGAGCCAUGACGAGGUGGUGUGGCAGCAGCACCAGGUGCAGGAGGAGCAUGAGGAACUGCGCCGCCAGUAUGGCUCUGACCAUACCAUUGCAAGCCUUUUGAUGAUGAAAACUACAGUGGUGCCUGCCUUGAGUUAGUGUGUUCAGAUAAUGUCAACGAAAGAGUUACUGUGACCUAAAAACUGUGUGUAGCUUGUCUGUAUGUUCUUCCAAGCUUGCUGCUGCUUGUGCGCUGUGUCUAAAAGGUAAUUCAUUUUAAAUAAUGUGAACAUGUAUCCCUGAAGUGCCUGUGAUACUAGAAAUUUCAGCUGGAGGGACUUCUAAAAUCGUUUUUGGCAUUUAUGAGUUAUUCAGAGUGAUAUGUAAACCCAUAUGUGAAGUUAUACCCCAGUCACAUGUGCUCUUUCGAGGACCAUAGAAAAUCAAUAAUCAUUGACAUCGAUGAGUUCUAUUGGCUCCCUUUCAUUGGCUCGCACAAACAAGCCAAUUGUAGGAAUGUGCAUUUCAAUUGGGAUUGGUUUCAGUGAUCCCUGAAAGUGAGUGAGUGACAUUUAUAUUAAACACUUUUGCCUUCUGAUCGAUCUUUCAAUGUUUUCAUUAACCCAAAAGUUGUACAAAAUUUUCAGUUAGCAAUAUUUAAAGCAUUGCAAAAAUUAUAACUGCUACUGUACUGAGUCAUGGCCAAUUAACACAAAAAUUGCAGUCCUCUAAAACACAGCCAUCAUUUGGCUUCCUUUUCUAUUUAAUUCUAGGGUUACUUCACUCCUGGUGACUGUCUAAAUGUCAUAUGUCAUGUGCACUGGUUUACUAUAUUUGCAUUGAUAUACGCCAACUUGCAUUUGUAUUCUACAUUUAAAACAAGUAUUUUUGCUCAUUCCACUGCUUUUACUCUUCAAAUUUCAUAAAGUUGCAUUUCUUGGUCUACACCAUGUAAUAAGACAAUUUCUCUGCAUGUGUGGUUUUUCCAGAAAAAAAAGUUUAUACUACUAUAGCAUGCUCAUCUCUCUUAAUGAAACGUAAGCUGUUGCAUAGAGUGCAUUGGUUUUGAUGCCUAUUGGCAUAUAAAAUUCCGAAUAACCCAUGUAGAUGCUGCAGGCCAAAAAAUGCAAUUUUGUUGCAGUAUUUGAGUGAGAAUAAAGCAGCAGUGAACAUAAAAUUUCUUUUAAAGAAUUUUGAGUAUAAAAACACAAGUCACUAUAUAUAAGCAGAAAAGAAUUGAUUCUGCCUGAAUGUGUGUGUAAGACUCCACCUGCCAAGAGGUGCAAGGUAGGAGUCUGCUUCAGUAGACUGAAAGCUAAUGCAGACAGCAGAUGACAAUCUAAAUUGCUAUUUCCAGGUGUAAAUAAAUGUUUAAAAUUCAUAUUGCAAUAUAUAUUCCAGUUUAUUUAUUAUUCUUUCUCAAACAAAGCAUCAUUGUUAAUACAAUAUUCAUAUUUAAUAUAUCCUGUUCACUACUAGGAAAUGUAUUGUAGCAAUUCAAUGCCAUUACCCUGGCUACAAUUCGUUUUAACACAGUCUGCAUUACUCUCAUUCUACUAAAGUCUCUCGGCGGAGCCUGACCGCUAGAGAGCGCGUUCUCGGGUGGCGGAUAGAGAAACGUUCCAUGAUAUGAAGCUGCAUAAAGCUAUUUCAUUUCAUGGGGCAGGCAUUUAUGCCCGCGGACCAACAGGCAUAUACCCUGGUUUAUUACCACAAUGUUCAUAUUUAUUAUUGCUGUGUAUAUCACCUUUGCUUUAUACGCAUCACAUUUAAAUGAAGCAAUCACUAGUACAUGCACAUUAUGGCAGCUGAAUGACCAUGAGCAUGUUGCUACACAACCCAAGGUUGCGGCUUUAAUGCCUGGCAGCAGCAAUUGCAUUCCAGUGUAUGUAAAUAAAAAGCGAGAACAUAGAAAAAGCGAGAACAUAGUAUAUUUAGUUCAUGAUAACAUGAACUCAAGUUCAAGUGCCAAAUUAGUGCACUAACAUGUUCAAAGCAUCACUUUUCUGAAACAGUUUUUGUAAGCAAGAAAGUUAUAGACCAGGUGUUCAAAAUUAAGCUUUAUGGUUUUCGUAAAAUUAGGCACUGGGAGGCACGCGAAGACCACCUGUGCAAAUAAGCUAUGUGACCAGGGGGCACAAAGUGAGAUUAUAAUUAUCGCUGUAAGCACCCAAUUUAUCUAAAAUUGAAUAAUUAACUUUUUAUUGACUGCAGUAAGUGGGUAUGUUUUUAUUCAAAAG